GUACACGCGCUCUUCCAAGUAUUUCGAUAGGAACAAUCCUGUGACAAAAACGCUAUGGACAAUUUUAUUACUAUACAGGAAGAUGAUGUUAAAGGUUUAGUUACUUACAAAGACCUUUUUCCAAUAAUUGAGACUGCAUUUGGUGAUUUUUCGAAAGGCAAGGAAGGCGAUGUUCUGCAACCUGUUAGAACAGUGAUUUCAGUAGAAAAACAUAAUGGAACCUGCUUUAUCAUGCCCUGUGUUUACCAUGGAAUUAUGACGACGAAGGUGCUUACCAUAUUUCACGAUGGUGAAAAGCAAUCUCGUCAGUCUUUGAUCUGGUUGUAUACCUUGCCCAGUGCUGGACUGAAAGCGAUGAUAGCUGGCGAGACAAUUACAUUUCAUCGAACGGCUGCUAUGUCUGUAAUUGCCACAAAGUACCUUGCUCCGAAGCAGCCCAAAGUUCUUGCCAUUCUUGGAGCAGGCCAUCAAGCCAGGAGCCAUUUUAACGGACUCAAUGCUUUUCAUCAAUUUAAAGAGACUAGAAUUUGGACACGAUCCUUUACCAAGGCACAGACUCUAGCCAACGAGCUCAAUUGCAUAGCUUGCGAAACAGCACAAGAGGCUGUGAAGGAUGCUGAUGUAAUAGUUACUGUUACUAGAUCCACCAAACCAGUGUUGAUGUUGGAUUGGGUGAAAAAGGGUGCUCAUAUCAAUUGCGUUGGUGCUCUUAAACCAUCCUAUCAAGAGAUUGAUCCGGAGCUCAUGCGAAAUUCUGUUGUGUAUACUGACACUAUCGAAGGUGCGCUGAAAGAGUCCGGCGAUAUCAUCUUAUCCAAGUGCGAUGUCUAUGCCGAGAUAGGAGAAGUUGUUAAUGGUUACAAAGAUGCGAAAUCAGAUCAAACAACUGUCUUCAAAUCUUUAGGCAUAGGCGUGAUGGAUACAGCGACAGCAACAUUUGUGUACGAAAAUUACAAGAGCAAAAUUAUUUGCAAGAAUUAAAGAUGUAUUUGUGUUCUAGAUGUUUAAGGUUUGCAUGGCGAAUCAAUAAUUAUACCGUACUAUUUGUACACCACAAUUCAAAGUUUCGAUUAGUAAAUAGGCCUAGGCCUGCUCUAACCGUCUUCAGGGGAAGAAUUAUGAAGGAGCCGAGAUGAUGAAUGUUGCUUCUGUUCAUACAUAGGGCCUACUGUGAUUGGAUGUUGUUAGAAGAAUUUCUUGGGCGGAUGGUUUCUUUUUGUGUGUGUGUGUGUGUUGUUCCAGUUGUAGUAAAAAAAAAAGAAUGGCUUGGGUGGGUGGUAGCUUGGUAUCCGUGGUUGUGGUUUUAAUUGUUGGCUUGUCAGGUUUGGUUCCCGUGUGUGUAGGCCUGCCGACUGGUUCGACUGGUGAUGGUUUGUGUUUUGUUAAACUAAACUAGCCUUGUCCAGGCUAUCAAUUUUUUUUGACAAAAACAUGUGACAUGCUUAAAUAUGGUCAUGAUUACAUCACCUCAUGUCAAUAUAUAGGCACAUCAUGACUAUAUAUGGGCAACAGUUUUUUGUUAAAGAAAAUUUGAUAGUCUAGACAGAGCUUAAUACACUAAAAGUGCCGCACUGAAAGCACCGUGGUGAUUAUCCGCAUUGAUUAGAUGAGAUUUAUUUUAUUUGUCAUAAUGUAUACAUAGGCCUAAUAUGUUUCUACCUGAUUAUUAGUAACAAUCUCAAGACAAUAUGAAUAUAAAUUACACAACAGUAUAUACAAUAAACAAACAAUGAAUGAGUUGAAUAAAAAAAGAAAAAAAGAUACACAAUUACCUAAUAAAUUUAUCGUUUGCUUUCCUUUACUGUAUAAAUCCUCUUCUACAAGCAAGCGAGAUCGAUUGACCACAAACCAGUCAGAGAAUCACAAGUUCAUGGUAAUAACCUAUCCUACAUUAUAGGCAUAACGUUGUAUAUGAAGAACUAUGUAAAAUGAAGAAUUAGGAAUAACCUUUUAAACCUAAGUUUUAUUGUUGAGAUAAAUAUUAAAGAUAGGCCUACAUAAAUAAUAAUGUUACACGGUUUACUAUUUGUAUUGAUGUUUUAAUACCAUUCCAAUUACGAUAUUUUUGUUUUGCAAUGUCUCCUAUAUUGAUUGCAUUUAAUGACUGCUCGCAAGCAACGGAGAGCACGGGGCCAUCUUUUGUAAAGAUGGUAUAAAUGUAUUUAUUUAAAAAAAUUUAUGAAAUAAAUUAUAAUCACGUAUAACAAGUAU